CGAUUCCAAAUCACCUACAUAUGGGUAUCCCAAUUCCUGGUUCUUAAACCCUGAUUGGGGCAUGCUUUAUCAUCUACUUCUACUGGUAUCUCUUAAGGAUGGUAAGUGUUAUGGGCCGUCGGGGCUCGGGACAAAUUGCCACAGUUUCGCUUUCAUUCUGGAGAAGUCGCACUCUUCGCUUUCCUCACACGCUUCGUUCCAAAUCCAAUUCUAAUUCUAAUUCUAAUUCCCAGUCCCCACCUAUUUCUGACUCACGAUUUUGUGUCCCUGACCUGCUUCUCCAUCAGCAAUUUUGUCCCCAUCUCCCAUUAUCCCAUCUCUUAUCUAAAUUCAAUAUUUCCAAAACCGUCUUCGUUUUCUCCUCUGGUUUCCUUAAUUGGAUGGAUUGGGCAAUCCUCGUAUGAUCAAAUUCGUUCUGGAUUUGAUUUGAUUUGAUUGGGGCGCCUCUUGAUCGGAAAAAAUUAGGGUUAAUUACAUUUGGUCUUCUCCGAAAGAGAGCUAUUUAUUUCACCUUUAUUUGUUGUUCUUAUUAAUUUUUGAAGACGACGACAAUGCCGGGAGAUUCUUCAUCCGAACAUGAACCCGACGAUGAUUCUGCGUUCGUGGAGAUCGACCCAAUUGGUAGAUAUGGUCGGUAUGAUGAGCUGUUAGGAAAGGGGGCAUUCAAAACAGUCUAUAGAGGUUUUGAUGAAUUGGAAGGAAUCGAAGUAGCUUGGAAUCAAGUUAGGGUGGCUGACCUCUUGCAGAAAUCAGAGGACUUGGAACGUCUCUAUUCUGAAGUUCAUUUGCUCAAGACUCUGAAGCACAAGAGUAUAAUCAAGUUUUACAACUCAUGGAUUGACACGAAAAACAAGAAUAUCAACUUCAUUACUGAGAUUUUCACUUCAGGGAAUUUACGCCAGUAUCGUAAGAAACACAAGCAUGUUGAUUUGAGAGCAUUGAAGAAUUGGUCAAGGCAGAUAUUGGCAGGCCUUAACUAUCUCCACAGUCACGACCCACCGGUUAUUCAUCGGGACUUGAAGUGUGAUAAUAUUUUUGUGAAUGGAAACCAAGGUGAGGUGAAAAUUGGUGACCUUGGACUCGCUGCCAUUCUUCAACAGGCUCGCUCAGCUCACAGUGUCAUUGGGACUCCGGAGUUCAUGGCACCUGAACUUUAUGAGGAGGAAUACAAUGAGCUUGUGGAUAUUUAUGCCUUUGGAAUGUGUUUGCUCGAGUUGGUGACCUUUGAAUAUCCUUACGCAGAAUGCGCCAAUGCAGCUCAAAUAUACAAGAAAGUGACAUCAGGAAUCAAGCCCGCCACGUUGGGGAAGGUAAAGGACCCUAUAGUGAGACAAUUUAUUGAAAAAUGCAUUGCAAAUGCUUCUGAGAGGUUGCCCGCAAGAGAGCUUUUGAUGGAUCCUUUUCUACUAUCAGACGAGGAGAAUGAAAGUCUUAGUCGAUCUUUACGAUCUCCCUCUCAUUCAGGUGAGAAAGAUGAAGCACUAGAGGGAAGCCGAGAUUUUAUGGUGAAAAGUAAAAGAAAAGACGUCAACACAAUAUUCCUCAAUCUACGCAUUGCUGAUUCUACAGGUUUUCCACAUGAUGUUCAAAACAUUCAGUUUCCAUUUGAUAUUGAGGUGGAUACCGCAAUAAGUGUUGCUAGUGAAAUGGUCCAGGAAUUGGACUUGACAGACCAAGAUGUUACAACCAUUGCCGGGAUGAUUGAUGCAGAAAUCCGAGCCCAUGUUCCUGGAUGGACACCAAGAGAAAAUUCAGGAGAUAUUUUGAGUGGGGAGAUUGAAAUUUCUGAUACCUAUGAAUUAAAAAGUAAAGAUGAGAUAUCCCCAUUGACAAGUGGCUCCGGUCUUUCUUUAGGUGGUCUGGUUCUGGAUCGACUUCCUUCAGGUCGCGAGUAUUGGUCAGACUCCCCCAAGUUACUUAGCGGAAGCAAAGAAAAAAUCGAAAUUAAUGACAAAACGGGAGGAGAUUAUCCCAAUGGCGUAGCUUCACCAAAACAAGAAGAAACUUCACUUUUGAUUCUUGGAACUGAUGACAACAUAGAUAUUGAACAGCAUGAUGGAUCCUCAUCUAAUGAGAUUAUUGGAGAAAAAAGUAAAGAUGAUGCUCCUUUUGAUUCAAAAUUGUCACAUAAUCAAAUUGGGGGAGACAAUAGGGAACAUCCACUAGUUGAGAUUUGUGAAGUAUUAACGGAAGUGGAGUCGGAAGAUGUUAGAGUUAUCGUGGACAAACUGGAGCAUUUGCUGGUAUUGCAACAAAAGGAGUUAGAUGAACUAAGGAGGAAGCAUUGUCUAGCAAUAGAAAAUCUCCUAAAGGAAAUGCCUCCAGAAACUUGUAAUAAAGUUUUAGCUAUUUUUCAUUCGAAGGUUUCUGAUUUCAAGGUGGACGGUGAAUCACAUGAAUUGGACAAUAUUGCAAAUACCAUCUCCAACUAUCUUAUUGAGCAGGGCAAGGUUACUGGUAUGCCAGAAAGCUAAAAUUAUUUUCUCAUUGUCAGAAGAGUUGGGAGGCAUGCACCUCAAGAUUUUGCUAGUGGGUUUCUAGAGAUAGGUCCAAUGUGUUAAAGAGGGGAAUGUUGGGUCUUCUGAUACAGGUAUUGCUAUUGUUGUCAUUUUGAGAGAUGCUUCCACCUCAUGGUUCAGAAGGAAGCCCUCAUGUUUUGAGAAUUAGAUACAAAUUCAAGGAAGAAUUUGAGCAUGGAAGGUGCAGCUCAAGUUAUUCACCAAAAUUUUAUGAUGCCACACAGCCACAAGUUAUUCAUGAUUGAAAGAACUGUUAUAGCCUAGAGAUGAUCUCCAGUUUGUCCACACGUGAAAGAAAUUGAAUUCCUUUAAUACUCAGGUUGAUUGACUUGUAUAUCUAUAGAUCAACCUAUCCCAUAAAUGGGUGGGAUAUACAUUGUACAGAAUGAUGUUUUCUUCAAUUUAACAGCAUUUGGGGUUUCCACCUUCAAUGUGGUGGCAUAUCGGCAAAUUUAUUUUUGUUCCUGUUCAAUAUAUGUUGGUCUUGAAAAAGCAGGUCACCAAUGGAGGUUAAUUGGUUGAUUUUUUUUUUUUUUUUCCCUUGAACUGUUUACCAUUGUAUUUGAUUCAUAUCAAUCAUCCAAAUAAAGUGAUGACUGGUUUUCCUUUGUGAAGUAUGUUCUGAUUGUAAAUUGAGUGAGAAAAUUCAAUUAUUAAUGAAAUGUGGAGAACAUUCCGUGCU